AUGGACACGACAAAAUUUUCCACGACUACCGGCGCAAGCCAUCUUGGAUAUCAUACUAAGAAGUCAUUGGGGAUGCCCAAAGAGAUCACUAGUAAAAGUAUUUUCAAUCAGCCUGUAACUUAUUCAUCAGCGUUUCGACAGCGACGUGGACAUUUCGAUCAAGAUUUAGUUCUUGUUUGGCUCGAUGCCGGUAUCGAUGAGAACGACGACGAUUUUCAAAAGUCUCUCGCAGAACUACGGAAGAUUGUGGUCAGCGUAAAGAGAUUUACUGAUGCUGAUCGAUGUUUUCAAUACUUAAGACGUAUUAACGACAAGACAAUUUUUUUAAUCGUUUCUGGAUCGCUUGGACAGCAGACGGUGCCUCGCAUACAUCAUUUGAAUAAGCUUGAUAGCAUCUUUGUUUUCUGUAGAAACAAAGAUCUACAUAAAUUAUGGGCAAGGGACUGGUCAAAAAUUGAAGGCGUUCACGGUUCAAUAAAAUCCAUCUGCAAAGGACUAAAAAGGGCCAUUCGGGAUCACGAACAAUAUUCAACACCCAUGAGCUUUAUUUCUAAAAGUUGA